GGCAUGAACUUCCAAUUAUUUUAGUGAAGGUCAAAUAUAUUGAUGAAUGGAUGAGAUUUUACGCUCAAAAUCAAUGGCGGAUAAUACUUUGACUAUAUUGGUAGCUCCACAUGACAUUAAUGAUCUCCUUUAUAAAAAUUGAAAUUGACAGUAAUUGAGUAAUAUAUAGUAUACCAUGAUCCUCGUGGAUGGAAGUUGUAUAAUUCUGAACUCUCCCUUAAUUAAUUAUUAGAGAUAAGAGGUCGCGAAAUAAAUGAGUUAUCAACAAUUUGAAUUACUAAGUAGCUAAUAAAAAGCCAAAAGUACUCCAUUUUGAACUCUUCUGUAUUGUUUUUUUCUUCAAAGUGUCUGUAAUUUAGUUUGUUUGUUUAAGCUCACGUCAAAAAAAAAAAAAAAAAAAUUCUAAAAAUCCUCUAUCAAACGAUAAACACAGGCACCAGCAACAGGCUGAUGGAAGCGUCGUUUGCAAGUGAAUUAAGCUGGGCUGUAUCGAGCAUGUCGUCUGCUCGCAUACUGCAGCAACUACGGCAAGUGGGGGCUUCAGACAAUCAGCUCCAAACCAUCAGAGAGAAAUUUGUACGCAUUCAGAAUUGUGUAGAAGUACACAGCAGAUCAACAGAGGGGGUCAUGCAGCCCUCAGGACUGAAUCGUUGGCUUAAAGAUGUCAAUGAUUUGAUCUUCUACGUCGAAGAUACUAUCAAUGAGCAUAUGUCUGAAGACAAUCGCAGGAAAACUCGAUCAUUCAAGAGAACUUCCCUCUUUUCGCUCCCCACUCGAAUGUCUUACAGGGUCAGGAAAAUCCUGUCAUUGUUGGAUAAGCUCGAUAAGGAGUCAUCUACAUUGGGGUUGACAAGAUUGGAAGUAUCUCAAGUUGAUCGUAUCGAUAGUAAUACAUCAGAUCAAGUCCUUGAUUCCUUAGUUCCUGAGUCCGUUUUUGAAAGUAGGAAUAUCAAGGAGAUUAUAGAUACUUUGGCCGAAUCCAAGGCAAGUGACAAUGGAAUUUUUACUAUUGCAAUCGUCGGAAUGGCAGGUAUUGGAAAAUCAACCCUUGCUAAGAGGGUUUAUACAGAUACAAAGAUCAAACAGCAUUACGGGAACAAGAUGUUCUGGGUGAAAGUUGGUGAAAAUUUUGAUGCAACAAAAAUUCUGAAGGAUAUGUUCCGGUCACUACCCGCAGACAAUCCGCAAUCAAUGCCCGAACAAACACCGCAAUCAAUGCCUGAAGAGCCGCUGAGUUCGAGUGAAUACAAGGCGGCCAUUAAGACCAAGCUUCACGAUUUCAUGAAGGGAGAAAACUCACUCCUUGUACUGGAUGAUGUAUUGUGUGUAAACGAAGAGCAGUUACAAAAACUGUAUGCAUUGCAUAGUGGUGGUGGUAAAAUCAGUAUUUUGGUAACCAUCAGGAGAAUAGAAGCUGCAAGGAGCCUUGUUGAUCCGAAAAUUCAUCAUGUGAAAAGAUUAACAGUUGAAGAGAGUUGGGACUUGUUCAAGUCUCUUGCCUUAAAGCAAAUGCCAAUCGAGGAGGGGAGCGAGUUAGAGUCAAUUGGCAUGAAGAUUGCAGGGAAGUGCUACGGUAUUCCUCGAGUAAUCAGUAAAAUGGCAGACUCAUUAGGCCGAUUAGGGAACGUAGACGAUGUAAGGGAGUGGGAGAAGGAGAAGGCAGAAACAGAAUUAUGGGAGUUAAUCUUGUCAACAUUGUCAUUGAAGUUUAAUUCCCUGCCUAAAGCUCUUAGGCAAUGUCUUGCCUAUUGCUCUAUCUUUCCUAAGAACGCUACUAUCGGAAAACUCGAUUUGAUUAGUCUCUGGAUCGCUCAAGGGUUCGUUACAGAGGAAGCCACUGCUGAGAAGUACUUUAACAUAUUGUUGAAUAAGUCACUUCUACAAGUAUGUACACAGGAUGAGGAUGGCAAUGUCCUGGACUGUACUAUGCAGGAAUUGGCCUAUGAUCUAGCAGUGAAUUUUUCGAGGCAUGAUCGUAUGUUAAUUAUUGCUGAUGGGAACCAUGACAUUCAACCAGGCAGUCUUUCUGAUGUACGGCAUUUAGUGAUGUCACCACCAAAUGGUGAAGCAGAGAGAGUGAGAGUUCCUCCUUCCAGACGACGAUGUAGACUAAGAACAAUAUAUUUAAUGGUUCAAGAAGUGCCAAUGAAUUUGCUGAGUCAAGCAAGAUCAUUGUAUGUAUUAAAAUUAGAUGGGAUUGGCCUGAAAGAGGUUCCAAGGGAUCUGGCCAAGCUGAAGUAUUUGCGAUAUCUUGAUCUGUCAAAUAAUCAAAUAACAAGUUUGCCAGAAUCAAUCACACAGCUCUACCUUUUGCAAACAUUACGACUCAUAAAUUGUAUAAAUCUCUCACCACUGUCUGAGGGGCUAAGUAAUUUUAUCAACAACUUACCAAACGCAGAAAUUCCGCCUAAAUUAUGCAGCAAAUCGGGUACUUCUACUGCUCAGAGGAAACUGGAUCCUGUUUAUCUGAAUGCAGAGGGAGCAUCCAAACAACUUUCCAAUUUGGGCAGGCACGCUGAUACUGCUGGUGUUCUGUGUAUUAGUGGGCUUGAAUAUGUGAAAUUCAAAGAAGCUGCUCAGGAAGCAAGGAUUGGUAGUAAAAGCAAGCUUUCGUCUUUGGAACUGAGUUGGAGAUCAUCAGAACAGUUAUCAGAGACAAUUGACAGUGCAAAUGAUGAAAAGGUUCUAGAUGGUCUUCAGCCUCAUCCGAAUAUUCGAAGGCUAAAGCUUACUAACUAUGACAGCCAGAAGUUUCCGGAAUGGGUGAUGCGGCCGAUGAAGGGUGACGACAAUGAGAGACUCAACAGUCUGGUGAGGAUAGAACUAGUAAAUUGCAAAAGGUGCCAGAGUCUUCCAUCAAUGGGGGAGUUACCAUGUCUUCAGGAACUGAUUAUUGAUGGCAUGAGCAACGUUGAUUAUAUAGGUCAAGAGUUAUAUUAUCAUGCUGAUGACACUGAAGAAAAGGAUGUCCUGAAAGUAUUCUUUCCUGCACUGACGAGGCUAGAAUUGAGAGAUUUAGAUAUAUUGAGAGAAUGGCAACCAAGUCAUAUGAUACAAGCAUUCACGAGGCUAAAUACAUUGCAAGUUGUUAACUGUCCCAAUUUGACUAGCAUCCCAACUGAUUUCCCACGUAUAAAAAACUUGCUGAUUCAAGGGGUACAGGUUAAUGUCAGAGAGCAUAAUUGGUUGGACGCAAUCAUAACAAAGAGCAGCAGCAGGCACACUCUUAUCUCUCUUGUCUUGAGUAAGGUAUCAGGAUCAGCUCGUCUUCCCAAGGAAUUGUUCCAAUGUACGUCUCUCAAACAACUCAGAUUACAAAAAUGUGAGAAGCUCAAGUCAUGGCCAGGUAAUCCCUGGAAUCCCAUAUCCCUAGAGGAAUUGUGCAUAGAUCGCUGCUCUUCUCUCACUUAUUCUCCAAAUGCUAGAAGUCUCAAUGCCCUAAAAACAUUAGUCAUUCGAGGAUGUAGGAGCCUAAAAGUGGCUCCAAAAUUUCUUGAAAGGUGCACAUCUCUCACUAAAUUAGCAAUCUCUAACUGCGUUAUACUGAAAAAAGUUGAAAAUUUACAGUAUCUAAUUAGCCUUGAAGAGCUAGAUAUAAUAGACUGUAAGAAUAUAGAAUCCCUGCCUCCAGGGAUUAAUUCUCUUACCAGUCUUCGCACCAUGAGAAUUGGUGGGGAAUCUGGGGAUAUAAGCAACUGGUAUAGGCAAUUUCCAGAAUGCACAUCCCUUCGAAGCCUUGAAAAAGUAUGGUUGAAGGGCAUGAAAUUCAUGGAUUCUCUUCCUCAGCAACUAAGACAGCUAUCUCAACUAAAAGUAUUGAGACUUAAGAGUUUUACUUCCCUCAAAAAACUGCCAGAUUGGUUAUGCAACGACCUCAUCAACCUGGAGCUCUUGAUAUUUGAAGAAUGUAAUUAUUUAAGCGAACUUCCUUCACAAGAAAAGUUAAUGCAGCUAAGGAAAUUACACUGCUUGCGUAUUGAGAAAUGUAACAUUUUGAAGAGAUCCUAUAACAAGGAAGGAGGCAUAAAGUGGAAAGACAUAUCCCAUAUUCCACAUAUAAAAUUUGAUAACGUCUGGCAUCAAGGAGAUAGAAGCUCAAUAUUGCAGGAAAAUCCCAUCAACACACGAGUUGUUGAACAAAGGACGGGUCAACCAGCAAUUGAUCACCAGGAGCACGAACAUCACAUUGAUGAAGAAUAUAUACAGGACGCACCAUGCAAUGACAAUGAUGCAGGAAUUUUAAAUAACUACUUUCUAGGUUUCUUUCUACUACAUUACUUGAUAGUUAGCUUACUAGUAUAUUGGGCUACCUACAAACAAUGCUAGAUGGAUUUUCAUUUUUGUGUGUAACCUUACAUAGGCCAAGGCUGCACAAAGUAUUGCUGUAUAUAAUAUAUCAGUAGACCACUCCGUAUGUAUGUAUAUUUAGUGGUGUAGGAAAUCAAACAUACUAUUAGUAGGAGCGACGCAGG